ACAUUUAAAUCUUUGUUUACACAUUCAGAUAAGUUGCGUUGAACAUUUUUCGUUGAUUUUUCAUUUUUGAUGUCUCUAAGCUUCCAUGGCUUAUUGAAAUGGAUACAACGCUGGACAAAAAACUUCUUGGCUUUCGUCAAAUAGCCCAGGAAAAGCUUCAAAACAUUCUGUGUUCUAUUCCACUAGAUAAGGAUCUGAUUAUUGAACAAGCCUUGAUAAAACCAUUAGAAAACGUUGUAGGGGCAUCCUGGUUAAGGAAAAAAGGAAUCGAUAAGAUCUACAAAUUCGAUCCCAAAAAUGCACCACCUAAACGGAAACAGAUUCUCUACUUUCUUACCAACAACCUGUUGACGUUCAAGAGUGCCUUAGAUCAAAUCAACAGCUACCAAAGUCAAGCAUCGAGUAGCUUACUGACCUCGGAAACAGAACGGAACAGUCGGGAAUAUCAUGUAAUGGUCUUCCCACAGGUUCUUGCCAGCUUCGACCACUUGCUGGAAGAGGAAGGUCUCUACGGAUUGGUUGAUCUGUACAGCUAUCAAUGGGACUUUAUAUCACUUGACCAAGGAGUCUUGAGCCUUGAGAUGCCGAGCGUUUUCGCUGACGUGUACGUCAAAAAAGAUGGUUCGUUAUUGGGAGCGAUUGCCCAGAGCCUGAGGAUUUUCAACAUGGUAAUGGGAAGGCCCAACUUAUUGUUUAGUAUGGGCGAGAAUGCUGAAAGCGUUCUGCAAAUGAUGCAAAAAAUAGAAGCUGGGCGAAAGGUGAAAAGUGGCGAAGCGAAGGACACUUCCGACUUUAGUGCAAUGCUGAUAGUUGAUCGAGAUAAAGAUUAUCAUUCGUGUUUAUUAACUCCGGUUAUCUAUUCUGGGCUAUUGCUAGAAAUACAUAAAUAUAAUUCGGGUUCAUUGACGGUUGAGCCAACGGGGAAUAAAAUCCAAAAUGGUAAGUUAGCAAUUCUUCGAAAUGAAAAACAUACAUCAUCUAAACAAGGGACAACAAAUCUAAGAAUGAAUGGCGCACAGGAUCUUAUUUACCAAGAAAAUCGGUAUCGUCAUUUUUCGGAAGUCAUAGGACUUCUGAGUGCGCAGGCAAAAGCCCUUGGACUGGAAGGAAAAUUGUACUCAAAAGACAUGAAACUCUCAGAAAUGAAGGAUUACGUCACUAACAAACUACCGAAGGUUGCGGCACAGAAAAAAGAACUUUUCAAGCACCUUCUUUUAUGUGAAACCAUCAUGGAAGAAAUCGGCGCAAAUUUCGAAAAACUUCAACUCAUCGAGGAAAGCAUCCUGACCAAUACGAAUCGAAAGCAAAUUAUGGCCUAUAUUGAUGAAUUGCUUGCCGCUGAUGUACAUAAGUACAAUACGCUUCGAUUAAUCUGUCUUUAUCAUGUGACGAUAGGCCUAACUAGCGAAGACAUGACUAAACUCAUGACCGCCUAUUUGAAUGCCUUUGGAUACCAGCAUCUCACCGUGUUCAAUGACCUAUACCAAGCUAAAUUGUUUCCCGACACAACCAAUCUAACAAAAGCUAAAAUGUUAUCACAAAUCUCAAUACCUAUUCUCAAAACACCAUUCCAAAUUGAAGCGAACAAACUAAAGCUACUACCUGUGGAUACAAAUGACGCUAGUCAGCCGACGGUUUCACCGAGUAGUCCGACGUCUGCAUCCACCGGCAAAAAGCAGUGUCCCAGCUAUGUGUUCAACGGAAACUACAUUCCGUUGAUCGCUCAACUCUGCCACAUGAUACUGAGUGCAACUAGCUUCGAAGAUUUGAACAGCCGCAUCGGCCACCUGGAACGGUUAAAAUUAUCCGGGAAAAAUUUCGGCCUCAAAACGAUACGCGAGCUCUCUAUAACCAGUGCAAAAGCGGAGGUUAAUCAGUUGCUGCCUCUGAAGGUCCGAACGAUUUUGGUGUUUGUGAUAGGGGGCGCUACCUAUGCCGAAGUAGCUGCCUGCCAGCUCGUUGAGAAACUAACCGGCGGAAAAGUUGUUCUCGCAUCGGAUACUAUGCUGUCUGGGUGCGACUUGUUAGAGAGUGUUGUUAAAUGUGGGAAAUGAUAGCAUUUUGUUGAAGAGCAAAUAAAAUAAUAUUC